UGUCAGAAGGACAGCACAGUGUGCCGUGCGAGUAGCUGUGCGGGCGCGUGGUCGAUCGCGCGCACUCCCGAACGCGCACUCCCGCCGACGCCGCUGCUGCAGUGAAACACAAUGUGUCAAUUUCCAUUCAAAGAGGAGACAGAAGGGGGUGAGCCGGUGCGGCUUUUCAAGGGACACUCUGCGCCUGACGGAGCGGCUCUCGCUGAAUAGGGUCUUCGACGCACAAGUGUGGAAUUCCUCUCCACCGAGGCAUUGGGACCAAAUUCAUUUCUGCCAGUUGGAUCCACCCAUCCUGAAGUCCCAGAGACAGAACACUACCAGUGUCAAAAAAGCCACAUUAAAUCCAACACUGUAGAACAAUCAAAUGUGAGAACUUCCAGGGGUCUGAGGACGUUUUCUAGGUGCUGUACCUUGAAUUUGAGAUGCACGCUGGCUGCCUGUGACCCUGAAUUGCAUUUAGCAGGUUCAGCAAAGUGAUGCUGGAUCCCCCCCCUUCCCCAUGUCCACCAGGAUGGCAGCUGCUGAGCCCCUGACAGUUCUGUCACGUUGGUACCUCUACGCCAUUCACGGCUACUUUUGCGAGGUGAUGUUCACAGCUGCCUGGGACUUUGUGGUCAACUUAAACUGGAAGUUCCCCGGGGUGACGAGCGUGUGGGCGCUCUUCAUUUACGGUACCUCAAUCCUGAUUGUGGAGAAGAUGUAUCUCCAGCUCAAGGAUCGCUGGCACAUCGUUGUGCGCUGCGUGAUCUACACGCUUUGGACCUACGCCUGGGAGUUCAGCACCGGCUUCAUCCUGCGGCAGUUCAACGCCUGCCCCUGGGAUUACUCUCAGUUUGAAUAUAACUUUAUGGGCCUGAUCACUCUGGAGUACGCCAUCCCGUGGUUCUGCGCCUCCCUCAUUGUGGAGCAGCUCGUUAUCAGGAACACGCUGAGGCUGCGUUUCGACGAGAAAGCCGAACCUGGGGCCCCGCUACUGCCCAGCAGCACGGCAAACGGCUACAUCAAGACUGACUGAGUGAGGCGCUUCAGUGUCUCUCCUUAGGAAGGAGCAAUAAGCCCAUCAGACUCAAGAUUUUUAUAUUUCACAAGUAUUGGGUUCCAGACUAUGAAAAGGGAGGAGAUGGAAACAGCGGUAGGAUGAGGAAGUGGGCCUCCUGAUUGGCCCACGCAGGUGUAUUCGUAAAUUGGCUAGGAAUGAAAAUCUACUAUUGCUUGAGCUUGGAAGGGAUGGUAUAAUAUGGAUGUAUUCCAAAAUAAUAUAUACACUGGCAUAUGUAUAUAUAUAUAAUUUAUAUUUUAGAAAAAAAAAAGAAAAGUUUAAGUGUUAUUCUGAAGAAUAUACAUGAGAUGUCUUGAAAUUUGGACUUUCACCAUUGAAUUGGCCAUUUUAAUGUGUGCUGUGACAUCACUUCAUCCCAAAGGAAUGCCUUCUAAAUUGACUGCAAUUUAAUUUCAUUCGUUUCUCCAUUGCCGUUCAGAGAGAUUGUUGAAGUCCUCAAAUGCAUGACGACUCAGAGUCGCUGUCUCCUCCUUGCUGCUUAGAUAAGAACUCUGUUUCCAAUGGUUCAGAAUGCCACUAUUUCUUAGUUUAAUAGUGGGCACUGCGAGAGUGAGCAGAACUAGAAAAAACAAAACAAACAAAAAA